AUGGAAGAAGGAAUUCCUGCAGCCGUCACAGCACAGCGAUCCACGGACUCAGACCUCCUCACUCCCUCAGAUCCACAGACUCAGACCUCCUCACUCCCUCAGAUCCACAGACUCAGACCUCCUCACUCCCUCAGAUCCACAGACUCAGACCUCCUCACUCCCUCAGAUCCACAGACUCAGACCUCCUCACUCCCUCAGAUCCACAGACUCAGACCUCCUCACUCCCUCAGAUCCACAGACAGACCUCCUCACUCCCUCAGAUCCACAGACUCAGACCUCCUCACUCCCUCAGGUCCACAGACUCAGACCUCCUCACUCCCUCAGAUCCACAGACAGACCUCCUCACUCCCUCAGAUCCACAGACUCAGACCUCCUCACUCCCUCAGAUCCACAGACUCAGACCUCCUCACUCCCUCAGAUCCACAGACAGACCUCCUCACUCCCUCAGAUCCACAGACAGACCUCCUCACUCCCUCAGAUCCACAGACUCAGACCUCCUCACUCCCUCAGGUCCACAGACUCAGACCUCCUCACUCCCUCAGAUCCACAGACAGACCUCCUCACUCCCUCAGAUCCACAGACUCAGACCUCCUCACUCCCUCAGAUCCACAGACUCAGACCUCCUCACUCCCUCAGAUCCACAGACAGACCUCCUCACUCCCUCAGAUCCACAGACUCAGACCUCCUCACUCCCUCAGAUCCACAGACUCAGACCUCCUCACUCCCUCAGAUCCACAGACUCAGACCUCCUCACUCCCUCAGAUCCACAGACAGACCUCCUCACUCCCUCAGGUCCACAGACUCAGACCUCCUCACUCCCUCAGAUCCACAGACUCAGACCUCCUCACUCCCUCAGAUCCACAGACUCAGACCUCCUCACUCCCUCAGAUCCACAGACUCAGACCUCCUCUCUCCCUCAGAUCCACAGACUCAGACCUCCUCUCUCCCUCAGAUCCACAGACUCAGACCUCCUCUCUCCCUCAGAUCCACAGAUUCAGACCUCCUCACUCCCUCAGAUCCACAGACUCAGACCUCCUCUCUCCCUCAGAUCCACAGACUCAGACCUCCUCUCUCCCUCAGAUCCACAGACUCAGACCUCCUCUCUCCCUCAGAUCCACAGAUUCAGACCUCCUCUCUCCCUCAGAUCCACAGACUCAGACCUCCUCUCUCCCUCAGAUCCACAGAUUCAGACCUCCUCACUCCCUCAGAUCCACAGACUCAGACCUCGUCACUCCCUCAGAUCCACAGACUCAGACCUCCUCUCUCCCUCAGAUCCACAGACUCAGACCUCCUCUCUCCCUCAGAUCCACAGACUCAGACCUCCUCACUCCCUCAGAUCCACAGACUCAGACCUCCUCUCUCCCUCAGAUCCACAGACUCAGACCUCCUCUCUCCCUCAGAUCCACAGACUCAGACCUCCUCUCUCCCUCAGAUCCACAGACUCAGACCUCCUCACUCCCUCAGAUCCACAGACUCAGACCUCGUCACUCCCUCAGGACUAAAUAG